GCGUGAGUGAGCGAGUUUGGCUUUUUUAAGAUGGCGGCAGCGGCGGGCUUGGAGUUCCAGCGUGCCCAGUCUUUGCUGAGUACCGACCGGGAGGCCUCCAUCGGCAUCUUGCACUCCAUAGUGAAACGUGAUGUUCAGGAGAAUGAUGAAGAAGCAGUGCAAGUCAAAGAGCAAAGUAUCCUGGAACUGGGGAGUCUUUUGGCCAAGACAGGACAGGCAGAAGAGCUUGGAGGACUUCUGAAAUAUGUGCGUCCUUUCUUGAACUCCAUCAGCAAGGCAAAGGCAGCCCGUCUCGUUCGAUCCCUUCUAGAUCUGUUCUUAGACAUGGAGGCAGCAACAGGACAAGAGGUUGACCUAUGUCUCGAAUGCAUUGAAUGGGCCAAAUCAGAGAAGAGGACAUUCCUGCGCCAAGCUCUGGAGGCAAGGCUGGUUUCUUUGUACUUUGACACUAAAAGGUAUCAAGAAGCACUGCAGUUAGGCUCACAGCUUUUGCGGGAGUUGAAGAAAAUGGAUGAUAAAGCUUUGUUAGUGGAAGUGCAGCUGCUGGAGAGCAAGACCUACCAUGCCUUGAGCAACCUGCCAAAAGCAAGAGCAGCAUUAACCUCUGCCAGAACUACAGCCAAUGCAAUCUAUUGCCCACCUAAGUUGCAGGCAGCGCUGGAUAUGCAAUCAGGCAUCAUUCAUGCAGCUGAAGAAAAGGACUGGAAGACUGCAUAUUCUUAUUUUUAUGAGGCAUUUGAGGGUUAUGAUUCCAUCGACAGCCCCAAAGCCAUCACGGCAUUAAAAUAUAUGCUGCUGUGCAAGAUCAUGUUGAACUCGCCUGAGGACGUGCAGGCAUUGGUGAGUGGGAAGCUUGCCCUGCGGUAUGCAGGCAGACAGACUGAAGCACUAAAAUGUGUGGCACAGGCCAGUAAGAACCGAUCACUGGAUGAUUUCAAAAAGGCUCUGAAAGAUUAUAAGGUGGAACUCAGGGAUGACCCCAUCAUCAACACACAUCUGGGCAAACUCUAUGAUAACUUAUUGGAACAAAACCUAAUCCGGGUAAUUGAACCUUUCUCCAGAGUCCAGAUUGAACACAUAUCUAGCCUUAUCAAGCUAUCAAAGGCAGAUGUGGAAAGGAAACUCUCUCAGAUGAUCCUUGACAAGAAGUUCCAUGGGAUCCUUGACCAAGGUGAAGGUGUCCUGAUUAUUUUUGAUGAACCGCCUGUAGACAAAACAUAUGAAGCUGCUCUGGAGACCAUUCAGAAUAUGAGUAAAGUAGUGGAUUCAUUAUACAACAAAGCCAAGAAGCUGACAUAGAGUUGGAAUAGUUGGCUGAUGCUUUGGAGAGUUGGUGCGUGAAACCUUUGGGGGGAGGGACAAAAGGAUAGAAGACUGGUGGGGGGAUUGUUCCCCACCCCCACCCCUUUUGCUCUACUUCUCACUUGGAAAGUUUUAACACUUCCUCAUCUGAUCCAUCUUGUCUAUACGAUUGUGUGUUCCAGUUUCCAUGUAACCUUUUACCUGCUGAACUUUGUACUGGGAUGGGGAAAUAAUAAUGUUUAAAAAAAGAAAGUUUCUUUGGGGAUGGGUGGGAAGGGGCAGGGGCAGGGUGGCCGUGGCAGUAUCCUAAAUAAAAGGAGAGAGAGGCUUAUGUGACAAUUAAAAACAAACAUGCUUCCCAUUUUCUUGAGUGUGGCAGAAGGAUGGGCUUAGUCUUUUUGUCACUGGUAGGAGUCCAUGCACCAAGGCUGCUCCAUAAAUUGACAAAAUUCCUACACAGGAGGCAUUUCUUACGUAUACUGCAGCAUGAUUUGCUGGUACACAUUUAGUAAGGCACUGAAAAGUCAUGGCUGACUGCAGCUUCUCAGUGUGAGCACACAAUAAAAAAAGGAAAUGAAUGUGUGUUUCCACAACUGCCCUCCAUAAUAUUGCAUUCCAUGUAGGAAUUUUGCUAUCUUUGAAGUGGUCAGUUAGAAAUGGGGAGCUAUGUUAACCUUAUGUUCAGAAUUGUGGGACUUCAGGAAGCCAGAAUAACCUGAGUUUGCUAAUUCGCAGCACCUUUAGGCUACUAGAGUCAGUAAAAAAAUUAUAGGUCUCCUUCAACCUUAAACACUCACUGUUGAAAUUGGAGGCCUUAACAGAGGAGCCUGCUUGGAUACAUUUUUUCCAUUAUAGUAAAAGGGCAGGAGAUGACCAUGGUCACUUGGAACAGUGGCUGUGAAAUUUUCCUGAUUCUGUACUGCAUGCUGUUCUGGGUUUUUUUUUAAAGGCUAGAAUGUACUUGCCUUUAACUUCAGAAGAUAUGUUCUUGGAAGAACAACUGAGUUUCUGUUCCCUGAAUGUUCACUUUUUUUAGAAAUGGAGGUUUUCAGCUGGCUGUUUUUGGGCCACCCAGAGGCUUUUUUAAAAACCUUUUUGUCACCUCUUGAACAUCCAAAAUGAGAAGUUUGAGUCCUUCUAGGCUGAGGCUGAGGCUGCACCAUUGCACACAAAUUCCUCUCCCAUUUUUCUGGUGCCAUCUAGGAUUUGCCAUGUGAUGCUUUAUCAAAAUACUGAAUAUCCACACCAAUUGUCAGUGGUGUCCACUGGGGCAAAGAAUAUUGCAGUGUGGUGAACACUUCUAAACUAGAUCAGCAGCUGGUUCCUCCAGUGCUACAACUGAUCUGGAGUUGCCAACCCGGAGGCAAGCAGAGUGGCUGUGGAAUUUUCUGCUAGUCCACAUUGAGGAGUGGUGUUGGUGCAGCAUCUUGGUCUACAACACUAUUGCUUUAAAGUAACCUUCCAGUAAAACUAGUUACCAAUUGUAGACAUUUCAGCAGGAAGGGGGUGAACUUGCCACUUCAACACCUUUUCAUUGGCUUCCAUGUAGCAGGUGUAAAGUGUUUGCCUCUUAAGACUUAAGUCCAGGGGAGCAUUAGGGUGGUGGUCUUGUGCGGGAGAGACAGGGUCCUGUUGCCCUGGCAUUAUGUCAUUGAAUGAUGAAGUUAUAUUUAAGGUGUUGCUGACAUCUGAGUAGUGUAACCUUCUGCAUCACUACCCUCAUCUUCCAUUUCUUUUCUAUGCUUUCUCACACUUAUUUUGUAAAAUGAUUCUUCUAUACCAUUUUUUUGCAUUCGCAUGAAAUACCUUAACUGGCUGAGUCUUCCUCUUUUUUCCAUGUUGUUUCUUCCCCCUUUCCUUUUUAUCCUCCCAGCACUGUAACCUUCUCUGUCUCAGCCAGUCCAGAUGUUCUGGGGAGGUGAUUUUUUUUUGUCUUGGGGGAGGGUUUUGGCACCAUGUAUUUCAAAUGUACAAAUGGUUCACGCUAACACACACCAGGUAUAUCUGAUGUUCAGAUGGCAUACAAAUAAAAUCUUCUUUUUCAAAAA